UCUUUGAAUCUAAUAAAAUUUAUUAAAUUCAAAGAAACCGUUCUCUCUGUGCACAGGUUCUCGGGGCUUUUGACAGACACCAGGGUAGAUGGCUUGUCCUCGUAUAAUGUCAGCAGCGCCGACUUCAAAUUGAUUGGUUUGAGAGCCAAUGCAAACCUCAGCUGGCCGACGGUAGUCGCGAAUACUUAUUACUCCAUGAAAGGCAACGCCUUCGGCUUCGACGUUUAUGGAAACGGAAAGAUGAAUGCCAUCGUGAAGGACCUCAAAUUCUGCAUUAACUUUAGCUUUACACUGAAAGACAAGCAUAUCCAGGUUAAACAAGUAGUAACGAAGAUUUCUUUGGGAGCGUUAGAUUUUCACGCGACGGGGCUGUACGACGAUGAGGACACAUCCAAGUUAUUGAGCGAUACGAUCUCCGAUAUGGUGCCGAAGAUGAUCGACGAGUACCAAAAGGACGUUACGGACAAUGUUAAUGAGAUCAUUAAGACACUCGCCAACGAGUUUCUGUCCACAAUAACGCUUAAGGAUCUUUUGAAAAUACUAGGUCUGUAAUAUCUUUCGGUUAUAAGUCGAUGCCACGCUAUUAAUACUUUUUACAAUCGCAAUCCCGGUCGAUUAAAUGAUACAAAUGCGAUGACAAUAAAGAGCACUUAAAGAGCGUUUGCUGCUAGCAUCGUCAAAAAUAAACAGUCCUUGACGAUGUCUCGCUCUUACACUAAAAUUAUUUCUGUGAUAAAAAUUACUUGUGUGCAAUAAAAUUAAUAUUAACACGAC